AUGCAAGUGAUGGGAGCAGCAAAGGAGACGAGGUGACCGAGGACCAUCCCGAGGUACAAGCCAUCGUCCAGGAGGCCUUGAAGAAGGCAGACGGCAACCAGCCCAAGGCCCCUCUUGACAUGUACGUGGAGGCCUUAAGCAAACGCAUCCAGGAGAUUGAGUGUGAGGAGACGGAGCAGGGCCUGAAGAGGGGCUGGGUGCUGGAUAACUUCCCGCGUAACCUGGCGCAGCUGGCCACCCUACAGGAGAGCCAGUCAGAGGUGGCCCCCGACAUCCUCUUCUGUGUCAUGCUGUCCGAUGAUGAAGACCGUAAGACUAUCCUGACGCGUCUCUAUGAGAAGAAUAAGGAGCAGGUGGACUCUGCAGUCCUCAAGAGGCUUCAAGAGGAAGAGGCGCGCAAGGCUCAGAAUGCCUUCAAUCGAGUACAAGAUACCUAUGACGACAAUAAGCUACAAUCUGUUCCUGAGGAGCCUGAGCGUAAGGACUAAAAGCUUGUUUUGUCUGUGUC